AUGGAAGAAAUCUUGAUCGAGGAUGGGAAUGGCGAGAACUACGACAUCCUCGCGGGAGACAAGACCUGCGAGUUUGAUGAUGAGAAUAAGGCGCUCCAAAAGGUGGAACUUCCGGAGAUCCAGGAGGUUACAAACUUGAAUAACACUCAAUCCUCCCAGGAGCCGGAGAAGCAGGACUCGGGCAUCGAAGACAAGGACAGCAUUCCAAACUCUCCAACCGCACCCGUUGCUCCGGUGAGCAAGUUGGAAUUGCACGCCAAGUCCUGGAAGCCGAAGGUAAAAACCGCCCGUCAGAUUCGCGCGGAGCGAUUCCACGCCGAACAAAAGCGAAAAGCACUCGCUGAAGACAAAAAACUCGGGACGCAGAAAAAUGUCGCCGCAGGUGCUUUUGAGCCGCAGCAAAAGAAUGACCCUAAAAAAGAGUCACAGGUCCAGUCAAGAAAGCCUCGAUUUCCGGGACAAUUUCGAAAGCCCACGACUCGUUCGUUUCCGCCGAAACCAGCUGGUCCAUCUGCUAAUCGAACCUGGGACCCACAGCGACGUCGAUCUGCUCCUCCCUCUCAGAUCCCUGUUCAGAGACAAAAUAACGGGCGAAAAUCGCCACCAAAGCCGCCUGCUCAAAACCGACCGACUGUCCAAAAAGGCCAAGGUUCGAAGGGCCCAAGUCCGAAGAAAACUGGACCGGGAAAGAACAAAAAGAAAUCGCUUUCCCCUCAGAAAAAGGUUCCCUUGCAGAUGAGCAACGGCCAACGACAGGCAAUUGUAAAAAGCAUUGCCCCAAAGAAGGCGAAGAAAUCCAAGAGCCCGAGUAAAGACCUUAUUGACGGCAUGGAAAAGGCCAAGCUGGUUAUUGACAAUUUGCACAUCACCGUGAACUACAAAAAAGGCCAGCGAACGAUGAACGUCGACUCCCCCGUUUCAAUUCGCAAGAAACAAGCCUCACAGGAGCUCUUGCAGAUGAUCAAGACCAAGUCUCCUCCAAAGCCGCGCUCGACUGAAAAGGAGAAGGAACAUGCGUCCAAACAAAUCUUGGGCAUGAUCAACCCCUUCGGCUCUUCUAGCAACAACCAGCUCAAGAAAGAUCCAAAGUCUCCAAAACCUCGGGCGCAGAAGACUGUUGGGCCCCCUUUUCAGAAGCAGUUCUCCAAAAAGCCUCACUUGAAGCCGCAGAACUCGCCUAACACGUCGCCUGGAAAGCUCCAGAAAUUCCAGAAGACUCAAAAGCGAAAGCACAAGAUUGAGGAUACUCGAGUGGUAAUUUCUGACCCAGAAAUUCGUUCUGAUGCUUCGUCAAGCCCGGAGAAAAUCAACGAAGAGAACCUCUCGAAAACUCUCCCUGUUCAAGAGGAAGUCAAGCCCGUCCAGAUUUUGGUUCAAGAAGAGGACGAAGAGGUUUCUUUGGAGGAGGACGAAGCAACUACUGUUGCGACGGUGAUCGAGAAGACACUCACCGACGGGAUCGAAAACGUGACCCUGAAGGCCGAAGAAUAA